AUGGAAACAGCAUCCUUGCCACCUGAACUGAUCACCCUGCUAUCCAACAACAUCAUCAGCGACGCCAUCAUCGACCAUCUCCCACUUCCAUCACGAUUUGCUCUCGGGAGAACUUCGAAAGCCUUCAAAGCCAUUGUCGCCGACUCCCCCGAUACAUUCCGGUCUCUAGACCUGUCGCGAUGUCGAGGGACAUAUACGCGUUACAUCGGGCCUGUGGAUUCUGGCGGGCAGAUUUUUCGGGCUGAGCGUAUGGAUGAGAGCUUGACCGAGGACGACUUCUAUGCUGGUCCGCUGCGUGGUGUGUUAAGUAUUUUGAGGCGGCGAAAGAUCCUACCGUCAGUGAAGACAUUGAUUCUAGAUCAGCUCGCAUCAGUGACAAACGAUCUGCUACACGAGAUUGUCACUUCUACAGAAUACAACAUCAGACUGCUCAGCAUCCGAAAGUGUCCAAACAUCAACCAGUACAAGCUGCAGCAACUGCUUCAGUAUUUGUGCCGGCCCGGUCGGACAGAGAAUACGCCACGUCUUCGUGGAUUGUACUACUUCACCGACCCGCUGCAGAUAGUAACUACUAAGGACGCCUCGGGAGUAACAGCGGUUGAUGGAGCCCAGUUGGGCGCUUUGCCGACGGCUAAGUCAGGCCGUACUGCUGGAUACUACGCGCCAACAGGUCGUUUGAUGAACAUAUCACAAUCUGACUCGACAUUGUGGGUCCAAACAAUAUCAGCUUGCAGAGGUAUCAUUUGGUUCGAUGCCGUGCUGUGUACUCACAUGCAUACGGAGAUGGACGCGGUAGUGGGAGAUCACGUCAAGGACCAGCGGCCAACAAUGCCUACGGUCGCGACCAUCGCCCUAGGUCCUUCCGGGUGCGAAGGAUGCGGACGUGGCCCACUGGAUGGCCCAAUCUGGGGCCGUAGCAGCCUCGACGAAUUCCCGUUGGUAUGGCCACCAGCUUCCUCCGGCAACAUCGUGGACGCAACCCGACCACCUACGGGCCCAACAAAGUCACAACGACUAAUCGUCUCCUGUCAGUGGUGCAUCGACAACCGCCACUGCGACAGCUGUCACCGAUGGUGGUGCCCCGACUGCUACAACCCACGAAAAGGCAAAGCUCUCGCCAACGCUGAGAACCCUCAUAUCCAGGCCACGGCCGCAAAUGACGGCCAGUCAUCGAGCAUCAAGGUACAUAAUGGUUUCUGUGUCGAGCACUGCCUGAUCGCUGAGGAAAUGGCGGGCGCUGGAGCGGGAGGAAUGUGGGGAUGA